UCUGGAAAGCGGCGUUUUGUUCUCAGGCUUUUUAAACUCCUUGCUAAACAGUUAUUUGGGGUCUUUAAGGGGGUUUUUUUUAAACUACCCUCGAGGGGAAACAAAACAAAGAAAAAAAAAAGUCCAGAGAGAGUCUCAGUCAUCAGAUCCCUCAACAGGAUUGACAGCAGGUGUGAAUUCAUGUCUGUAUUUUCACCUCAGAUAUACUGCCCAGUGUUUGUGCCCAGCCGAGAUAUGACUGAGGUGAUGAUCAACAGCACCCCCAUGGAGGAUAUGAGGCUCAGUCCCAGCAAGGACAGACUCUCCUUCCAGAUAUUCCCGGACCCGUCAGAUUUCGAUCGCUGCUGUAAACUCAAAGAUCGCCUCCCGUCCAUCGUGGUGGAGCCGACAGAAGGAGAAGUGGAGAGCGGGGAGCUUCGCUGGCCUCCAGAGGAGUUCCUGGUCAGUGAAGAGGAGGAAGAGGAAGAGGAGGAGGAGGAAGAGGAACAGCUUAAUGGUAGCAUUCAAAAUGGACACCCGACGCUGAAUUCCCAGCACUAGAGAGCGCGUUGCAGCAGCCGCACGUCGGUGUUCCUUCUUCCUGAUGGACGUUUCCUCACACACACACACACACACACACACACACACUGGUUACUCUCCACCUCAGCACUCCAGUAGACUCGACUGACAGAUGCAUUCACGGUCCCAUGAUGCCAUCUGGUUGCCCUUGACACCAAAAGGUCACUCCCACAAGAAAAAGCAAUACACACACACACACACAUACUCUCUCACACAAUGUUUUAUCUUCCUGGACUUCAGUCCCACCAAAAUGGACUCAAACGAUUGGACAGCUAAUCCUUUUUCCUAUGAUGUCUACCACUGCGUUUGUCCCGGCCCCCCCAGCGGGAUGUCGCGUCGGACAGCGGCAGCUCAGUGCUUCAGCUCUUAAUCUGCGGAGAGCUACUUCUGCUCAGUUCUUUACUCCAGAAUGGCUGGCAUCAUGACCCCAGAGACUUUCUACUUGCGUACAGAACUAUUGUGGUACCCGUGGGAUUUAUUGUACAGUGCACCGUCCAUGUUUGUGUUCUGUUUCUGGAUUGCUAUGUUGACUAUUGUGAUUGCCACUGGUGUCUAGAUGAUGUGAAUGUUUUGUGACAAGUUUUUUUUCUUUUCUUUUUCUUUUUUUUUUUUGAAAAGUGUGUCUCUGGGUUUAUUUUCCCCCCGUCACCUGAUUUGUCUAAAUUGUACAUUUGAUCUGAGGUUAUGCAUUCACAGUAAAAAGGCAACCUGGGGUUAUUUAGAGAACUAAAAAAAGCAGAAAAUGAAAUAAUGUUAUAAAAAAUAUUUAAAAAAAAAAGCACCUGUGUGAGUUGACUUGGCAGGUUUGUUAUGCACUGAAGGCACAGCUAUGCUAUGAUCGACUCCUCGCUGGCGUCCUUAAAGCCUGACGAUGAGCUGUAUGACUGUGUCAACAGGACGCGUCGCACACCGGUUAUCAAUGGGGAAAACUGAGCAAAUAUGGAAAAUUCUAACUUUAAAAAAAAAAAGCACUUAGUAAAAUGUACAGACUCGAUGAAAGAAGUGUAAAUACAUGUUCCAGUGAGCUAACCCUGGAGGCCUUGUGCACUGAUCAUAUUUGUACUGUGGGUGCGGUUUCUUUUUUCGAAAGACGUUGCUCUGAGCUGUAAACAUCUGAGCUGAAGGUUUCUCGUGUCUUCCUGUUCUUUUUUUUUUUCUUUUUUUUUCUAAAGCAGCCAAACUUCUGAUGGCGUGGAAUACAGUUUGCUGAGUUCACUCCACGGCUUAGAAAUACCUGAAAAUGUACUCUUGGUUCAUCGGUGAAAUGAUUGGUGACGUCUGCCAAAGUUCCGUCUUGUUCUCUGGUUGUCGGCUCAUUUGCUGAUGUGGAAUUUCAAAAGUGAUUAUUCCUUUUUUUUUUUUUUUUUUUUUUUUUUUUUAACCACCCAACCAUGGCAACUUCCUGUUUGUGGAAAAGAUUUCCAUUUGUGUACAGCCUGGUGUUACUGUUGUGGCGAGCAUGGCUGAGAUGUCUCCUGGUUUUCGUAACUCCUCAUUUGAGUGGCAUUAGGGCUGUGUACAAAACAUCUCCUCUCCUGCUCCAGUCAGUCCCCUGCAGGUCCCACAUUGUUUUUGUAAAGCUCAGGGAGAUUAGCCGCCAUCUUUCUUUUCUUUUCUUUCUUCUUCUUUUUUUGUUUUUUUGUAUUUAGACCACUUUUAUUGGUGACUAUUGCAGAGGCUGUAAAUAAACAUUUGAAUUUGCUAUCCA